UUCACCCGAGGAGCUGUUGGCAGUGGUGCGUGCCACAUGGGAAAAUGGCUGAAGCUUUGGCAAGUAACCAGGAUUUUUUCAAGUGUCCUGUUUGUUUAGAUCUUCUGAAAGAUCCGGUGACUCUCAACUGUGGACACAGUUUUUGUCUGGUGUGUAUUGAGAACGUCUGGAAUGAGGAAGACGUAAGGGGUUUUUACAGCUGCCCCCAGUGCAGACAGACUUUCCCUCAAAGACCAGAUUUAAAGAAAAACAUUAUUAUUGCUGAGCUUGUGGAUCAAAUUAAGAAGAGCAGAACACAAACUGCAUCUUCCGAAUGUGCUGCUGGACCUGGUGAUGUGGCCUGCGACGUCUGUAAAGGGAAAAAACGCAAAGCUACCAACGACUGCACAGGGAGAAAACUCAAAGCUGUGAAGUCCUGUCUGGAGUGUUUGGUAUCCUACUGUGACACUCACUUGAAAGCUCACAAUGAAGCUAUCCCAGGUAGAAAUCACACCAUGGUCGAUGCCACGGGCCAGCUACAGGAGAUGGUCUGCCCCCGUCAUAAGAAGGUUUUUGACAUAUUCUGUCGCACCGACCAGAGUUGGAUCUGCUAUCUCUGUAUGAUGGACGAUCAUAAAUGCCACGAGACCAUCGUGGCUCCGGCCGAAUGGCGUCAGGAAACGGAUGAUUUUGGAAAGAGCCAGAAAAGAUGCCAGCAGAUAAUCCAGUUGAAGGAGAAGGAGCUGCAGGAGCUGAGGAAGGCUGUGGAGACUCUCAAGUCUGGUGCACAGACAGCAGUGGAGGAGAGUGAAAGGAUGUUUACUGCGAUGAUCCGCUCCAUUAAGAGAAGGCGCUCUGAGGUGACAGAGCUGAUCAGAGCUCAGGAGAAGGCUGAGGUGAGACGGGCUGAAGGACUCCUGAAGCGACUGGAGCAGGAGAUUGCUGAGCUGAAGAGGACAGACGCCGAGAUGAAGCAGCUUUCACUGACACAGGAUCCCAUCCAUUUCCUCAAGAACAUUGUGUCCAUCACUGGGAGGCCUUUCAGCACAAUCUCAACCAGCGUGACUGUCAGCCAAAGCGUCCCGUUGGGGCCCCUGAAGGAAUCUGUGUCUUCACUAAAAAAGAAAUUAGAUUCAAUCCUCAAGCAGGAAAAAGUCAAGAUAUCUGCAGCAGUGACCUAUGUCCAGAUCCUCGAGAGCAUACAGUAUACUGAUCCUGAACUCCCAGUCAGAAGAGCAGACAGUAAGGGUCUCCUGCCACCAGACAUGUCUGAUGGCCAGGCUGUUACUGCUGAACCAGAGACCAGAGAGGACUUCUUGCAGUAUUCCUGUCACUUCACUCUGGAUCCAAACACAGCAUAUGAAGUCCUCCAUCUGUCUGAGGGGAACAGGAGGGUGGAGAGGAGACUUGAGGACCAGUCAUAUCCUGAUCAUCCAGACAGAUUUGAUUUGUAUGAGCAGGAACGGGGAGUGUCUGCUUCUCUCAGCACCGUAGCCGGCUCCUGGGUGUUUGUAAUCCAGACACGCUGA